UCUAUGCGCAAUCCGGGUUUCCAUGACUAUGUCCGAUGUGGCCAACGGAUUCUAUAGAGGAGACGGCAAUGAUGACACUCUACUUGAACCAGAUCUCGAUGCUAUAGAAAAAGAUCACCUGGCGAGGACAAAGAACAUCAUGAAGGCCAUGGACCCUGUUCUCGCUGAACGGAUCAUGCCAGCUGUUGCUUCCGUCAGUGACGAAGAGACGGCGGCCACGACCAUACAGGCGCACUAUAGGGGCUAUCUUGCUCGAAAACAGUACGUUUCAAGGCUUUACAAGCAGUUCGAGCAGGACGAGCAGGAGAGGCUUAUGAAGCAGUUACAGCAAGUUGAGGAGGGAGAGCUAUUAGUGGAAAUGCAUCGUCUCAAAGUGGAAGUUGAGGAAGACCAAAUCAAGCGUCAUAACCGAGACUUAAGGCUAAAUACACACGUCAUUAGGAUACAGAGAACAUGGAGAGAAUACAAGAGGAGAAAGACAGCACUGAAUCAAAGUAAUGAGAUGAUAGCCGAAGAGACCACAGACAAGCGAAUUAGUGUAAGAACUAGUGACAGGUCGGUGGAACUCGGGAAUAAAGAGCAUGAACAAACAGAGAGAGACAGUGUCAUUGAAAGACAUGAACAAGUGGCAGAAAAUCAUAUGGAACCGUCAGAAAACUCACAGGAAGAAAUGGAACAUUCAAUGGUAAAUGAUGGUUUUCCGCUUGUCGAGAGUAGCAUGCUGGAUUCUACCACAAGACAAGAGAGAUCGCAUAGUCAAGAUGAUAGCCAUGGCAACGAUUCACCUACAAUGAUAUUUGAUGUCAAGGUUUCUAAUCAGGACAACUUGCUUUACAGUGAAAACACGUCGUUUGCUAUAUCUAGUUCCAAUCGUUCCGAAGACGUCUUACCCUCACAGCGAUAUCCACUGAAACCUCCGAGUUUUUCUGAACUCGAGAAUGAUGUAGAUGAAGAACUGCUGGCAGUGCAAAAUGAAGAUGAAGACGAAGAUGGACCAGACUUAGAUCAUGCGUCUCAUCGUCAUUCAAGUCUCAGUCCAACUGAAAUGUUAACGUUAGGAUGGGCUGCUACUGAAAUGAAACUCGAGGCUCUCGAUGCAACAGAGGCAUUGACCGAUAGGCACUUUAUGAGUGUGUGUGAUCCAAAUAGAGUGAGCACCACCAGUGAGGACAUCGCUGGUGGAAAUGGAAGUCCGAAACCAGACAGUAUGCUGUCGAAAUGCCAUCGACAGACAGGUCUCCAGUUGGUCUUUGUUGAUGACGACAUGCUCGAAAGCAGUGGGGAGGAGACCGGGAGAUCGCCGUUACAAGAUGAUACGAGGCAGCAGAUAGAAUUAGAGAGGAGGAACGUACAGGGAGAGAUGGCGUGCAGCAAUAGAAACGUCAGUGAAGUAAGAUGUGAUGAGAGGAGAGAAAUUGAAACUACAAUCGUUGAAGAAAAAGCUGAACUGGUACAAGAGGAGACUCAAAAUGAAAGACUGGAUCGAAUGGAAAUGCGAGCAAACCCAUUUCAUUCGGAUUCUGCAUCACCCGUUCUAUCCCCAUUGUCAUCAGUAGCAGCAUCUGCUUUGUUUAGUGAUGAACAAGAGAAAGGUAGAGAGACUGCAUCACAAAGUAUUCACUCCCGAAUUCUCACUUCAAGAGAACAAUUUGAACAGAGACGAAGUAAACCGUUAAAACGACAAGCACUCAAGCAGCUGACACUUGUACAGCUCAUUUGUAUUGUACAGAAUUUACAGGCACAAAUUGAAGGAGCCUCUGAGGCAUUGGUCGAAGGCCUGGUAGAACGCGAUGAACAGAAAACAAAGCAAGACAGUCUGAAUGCAAAAAGUGGUGAAUUAACACGGCAAGCACGAGAAACGCACAGCAAUGAGCAGCAAGCACAACAAGCAGCCAAUUUGAGCAAAAAGCGAUGGUGGAAGAAACAACGACAGGGAGCUGAAAACACAAGCAAAUGAUUGCUGUGGACAUUGACGAGGGUUUUAUAACGUAAUAAAGAGAAUUGAGUGUAGAGUCUAUUUAUUAGUUAAGUGAUUAAAUAAUUUUUAUUGAUUGUGGGCAAGGCAGCAAGAGAAA